AUGACACGCGCAGUGCUCGUAAAUGGCAUUUUCGAGUCGCCAGUCGCGAUCCCGCUUACAUUCCCUCCCGUCGAUCGAUCCCUACCAUCACUGAUCACUCGUCCCUCUUUACCUGCCGCCCUCGCUUCUUCUUUUGUCGUCGCUUUCGUUGCCCGUCGUCCCUCUCCAUCACCCUCACGUCUCUUGCUGUCGGCCACGCUAGCACCGACCUUCCUCCCCCCGCACCACCCGCCUUCGCCCAACACCACACGCCCUCGUGUUCCUCCUCAUACCCGCCCUCCUCCCCCCCACAUACCCGUCCUCCUCCCCCCUACAUACCCGCCCUCCUCCCCCCGACAUACCCGCCCUCCUCCACCCCACAUACACGGGACAGAGGAGGAGGGUGAGAGGGGGAGGAGGAGAGGGGGAGGGAGAGAGGGGGAGGGAGAGAGGGGGAGGGACAGAGGGACGGAGACAGUAGGGAGGGGACAGAGGGGGAGGGACCGAGUGGAAGGGAUUGAGGGGGAGAUCCAGAGAAGGAGAAAAGAGGUGGGGGUGGAUAGAGGUGGGGAGGGUUUGCUUCCCUCACUACCCCUCCCAAUCGCCCUCACUUCUUCUCCCCUCCUCUUCGCCUUCACUUCCUCUCCCCGUCGCCCUAACCUCCUUUCCCCGUCGACCUCACCUCCUCUCCCUCUGCCCUCCUUCCCCCCUCCCUCCGCCAGGCUUCCCCCCUCCCUGCGCCCUGCUUCCCCCCUCCUUCUGCCCUGCUUCCCCCUCCCUUCGCCAAGCUUCACCCCUCCCUUCGCCAAGCUUCCCCCCUCCCUUCGCCCUGCUUCCCCCCUCCCUCCACCCUGCUUCCCCCCUCCCUCCACCUUGCUUCCCCCCUCCCUCCACCCUGCUUCCCCCCUUCCUCUGCCUGCUUCCCCCCUCCCUCCUUCCUUCUCCCCUCCCACCUCCCUGCUUCCCCCCUCCUUCCUACCCGCUUCCCCCCUCCCUCCUCCCUGCUUUCCCCCUCCCACCGCCCUGCUUCCCCCUUCCCUCUGCCCAGCUUCCCCCCUCCCUAUGCCCUGCUUCCCCUCUCCUUCCGCCCUGCUUCCCCCCUCCCUCCUCCCUGCUUUCCCCCUCCCACCGCCCUACUUCCCCCCUCCCUAUGCCCUGCUUCCCCCCUCCCUCCGUUAA